CUGGCUUCUGUGAGAGAUACAGGAACUGCUAGGGAUACAAAGCUUGUCGCCACAGUCACACGCUCUCUUUAACUUGUCAAGCACAGAGGAAGCCAUGGAUAGCGACGAUGAAAAUGUGGAAGAGAUAGUGGAAGGCAGUCUCGAUGACGAUGGAUUGCCACAUGGUUUCUGCACGGUCAGCUACAGCUCCACAGAUCGUUUUGAGGGACAUUUUGUACAUGGCGAAAAAAAUGGACGUGGCAAAUUCUUCUUCUUUGAUGGAAGCACUUUGGAGGGUUUUUAUGUUGAUGAUGCAAUACAAGGUCAAGGGGUGUAUACCUACGAGGAUGGAGGUGCCCUGCAUGGAACUUACGUAGAUGGAGAUCUAAAUGGUCCAGCUCAGGAAUUUGAUGUAGAUAGAAGACUAAUCUUUAAAGGACAAUAUAAAGACAACAUUCGACAUGGCAUAUGUUGGAUUUACUAUACAGAUGGAGGCAGUCUUGUUGGAGCUGUAAAUGAAGACGGAGAGAUGACUGGGGAUAAGAUAGCAUACGUGUAUCCUGAUGGAAGGACAGCACUUUAUGGAACGUUUGUUGAUGGAGAAAUGAUAGAAGGAAAAUUGGCCACUGUCGCCUAUAUAGAAGGAAAGCCAUACUUUGAUGUGGUCCCUGGGGGUGCAGUUUAUACUUUUGAUAAAUCGACUCCAUCUUGUAUUUCUACAAAUCCUCUGCUUCCUGACCCUUACGAAUCUGAAAAAGUUUACACAGCAGUUUCCAUGAUUUCUAAUGCUGGUGAAGGCCUGUAUGCCAAGAUAGCCUGUGGGCCUCAAACUGUGAUGUCUUUUUACAAUGGUGUACGGAUAACGCAUCAAGAGGUGGAUAGUAGAGACUGGGCUAUGAAUGGCAGCACAAUAUCUUUAGAUGAUGAAACUGUUAUUGAUGUACCAGAGCCAUACAAUGAGACUGCCAAAUAUUGUGCAUCCCUUGGACACAAAGCCAACCAUUCCUUCACGCCUAACUGUAUAUAUGAUACGUUUACCCACCCUCGCUUUGGUUCCAUAAAGUGUAUCCGGACAAUAAUGGCUGUAGAACCAGAUGAGGAGCUGACUGUGGCCUAUGGUUAUGACCACAACUCUUCAGAAAAGAAUGGACCUGAGGCACCAGAAUGGUACCAGCAGCAACUCAUGGAGUUUCAAGUGACCCAGAAGAAGUGAACAGCAGCUACUUUUUACAGGGCUUGGGGGGAAUUUGGGUAAAAUGAUCUAUGCAUUAUAUUUCUACAGAAGAUAGGACAUCUGGAAACUAAUAAACAUUACCGGAAAACCUAAUUAGCCUGAAAUGUUAUUUUAGCAUAUUAGGCCUGACUAGUCCAGUAUCAAAUGUUUAGGACUUUGACAAUGGAAAUUCCAUUUAACACUUAGGCAAAUCAGUGUGACAGCAGAAUUUUAUUUAUCGUUUUGUUUUUUUCUUUUACAAAUGCCAAAUGGAAAUAAAACUCACUGGAUAAUUA